GGCAGCGCAUGCGCUCAUGUUCGCGUUGCCGGCGAAGACGGGAGCCUGACGACUCGGAAAUUUGAAUACCACUAGCAUGGAGUGCGACCUUAUGGAGACUGACAUCUUGGAGGCGUUGGAGGAUCUCGGUUACAAGGGUCCAUUGUUAGAAGAUGGCGCUCUGUCCCAGGCAGUCUCUGCUGGAGCCAGUUCCCCUGAGUUUACCAAACUCUGCGCUUGGCUGGUGUCUGAAUUAAGAGUGCUCUGCAAACUGGAGGAAAAUGUGCAGGCAACUAACAGCCCGAAUGAAGCUGAAGAAUUCCAGCUUGAGGUGAGUGGGCUACUAGGGGAGAUGAACUGUCCAUAUCUUUCACUGACAUCUGGGGAUGUGACGAAGCGCCUUCUGGUUCAGAAGAACUGCCUCCUGUUGCUCACAUACCUCAUCUCAGAACUAGAAGCUGCCAGAAUGCUCUGUGUGAAUACUCCUCAAAAAAAAGCUCAAGAAGGAGGCGGUAGUGAGGUCUUUCAAGAGUUGAAAGGCAUAUGUAUUGCUCUAGGAAUGUCCAAACCUCCAGCCAAUAUAACUAUGUUCCAAUUCUUCAGCGGGAUUGAAAAAAAAUUAAAGGAAACAUUAGCAAAAGUUCCACCUAAUCAUGUGGGAAAGCCUUUAUUGAAGAAGUCAUUGGGACCAGCCCACUGGGAAAAGAUAGAAGCAAUUAACCAAGCCAUUGCUAAUGAAUAUGAAGUUCGGAGAAAGCUGCUAAUAAAACGUUUGGAUGUCACUGUCCAGUCUUUUGGUUGGUCUGACCGAGCCAAGAGUCAAACAGAGAAAUUAGCAAAGGUUUACCAACCGAAACGUUCAGUCUUAUCUUCUAAAAGUACUAUUUCUAUUGCUCAUCUUUUGGCUGCAAGACAAGACUUGUCAAAGAUUUUAAGGACAAGUAGUGGUUCUAUAAGAGAGAAGUCUGCCUGUGCCAUCAAUAAGGUGCUGAUGGGCAGGGUGCCCGACAGAGGCGGCAGACCCAAUGAAAUCGAGCCCCCGCCCCCGGAGAUGCCGCCCUGGCAGAAGAGGCAGGACGGCCCGCAGCCGCACGCGGGCCGCGGGGGGAGAGCGGGCCACGAGCCCUCGUUCGGAGGACGCGGCGGCCACGAGCAGGACGGAGGGCGAGAUCCAAAAACCGAGCUAGUGUCCAACUGUGUGGGCAUAGAACAAAGUAAAUUCCUGCUGAAGGAAAGAGCAUUUAAAAUCAUUUCUAUACAUACUUAA